AUGGUCUCAAGCACAUUCACGCAACCCCCAGACGGUCCAGCUCAUCUGAGUUUUCGGUCUUUCGUGUCGGCACUCAAGGAAGACGGCGACUUGGUCGAGAUCAACGACGAGAUCGACCCCUAUCUCGAGGCCGCCGCUAUCAUCAGAAAAGUGUGCGAAACCGACGGCAAAGCACCCCUGUUCAACAACCUCAAGGGCAACGUCAAUGGCUUCUGGAGAAUCCUGGGAGCCCCGGCGUCCCUGCGACGUGAUCCGUCACGGCGAUAUGCUCGAUUGGCGCGCCACCUCGCUCUUCCACCUACCGCAGGCAUGAAGGAUAUCUUGGACAAAAUGCUCUCUGCGAAAUCGUCGGCUCCGAUCCCGCCGAAGGUCGUCAGCACGGGGCCCUGCAAGGCGCACAUCCUGGACGAGUUUGACCUGGAAAAGCUUCCCGCCCCGUUCCUCCACCAAUCUGACGGCGGUAAAUACAUCCAAACAUACGGAAUGCAUGUCAUCCAGUCUCCAGAUGGAACGUGGACAAACUGGUCCAUCGCGAGGGCCAUGGUGAAGGACAAGAACCAUCUUGUCGGUUUGGUCAUCGAGCCUCAACACAUCUGGCAGAUCCGGGAACAGUGGAAAGCCAUCGGCAAGGAUGUCCCGUGGGCACUAUGCUUCGGGGUGCCCCCCGCCGCCAUCAUGGCAGCAAGCAUGCCUCUCCCCAGCGGACUCUCCGAGGCUGACUACAUCGGCGCGAUGACCGGCACGGCGCUAGACGUCGUCAAGUGCGAGACAAACGACCUGUACGUACCAGCAACCUCCGAGAUCGUCUUCGAAGGUACCCUGUCGGUCUCGGAGCUGGCGCCCGAGGGUCCCUUUGGUGAAAUGCACGGAUACGUCUUUCCCGGUGACUCCCAUCUGCAGCCUGUCUACACUGUAAAUAAAAUCACCCAUCGCACAGACGCUAUCCUUCCGGUAUCAAACUGCGGGAGAAUCACGGAUGAAACGCAAACUAUGAUCGGGCCCCUAGCCGCUGCCGAAAUCCGCCAACUCUGCCAAGACCAUGGUCUGCCCAUCAAGGAAGCCAUGGGCCUUUUUGAAACCCAAGUCACUUGGGUGGCGCUUCAAGUCGACACAAAGAAACUCGCCGACAUGAACCUCACGCCCGAAGCCUUCCGCAAACUGGUCGGGGACCUCGUUUACGGACACAAGGCCGGGUACACGAUCCACCGACUGGUCCUGGUCGGCGAGGACAUCGAUGUGUACGACUUCAAGGACGUGCUCUUUGCGUUUUCCACCCGAUGCAGACCGCAGACCGACGAACUGUUCUACCAGGACUGCCGAGGCUUCGCGUUGAUUCCGUACAUGGGCCACGGCACCGCCGCGCCGCAUAAAGGCGGAAAGGUGGUCUCUGACGCUCUUCUCCCCGCAGAGUAUACCGGCGGUCAAGAUUGGGAGCUGGCAGACUUCAAGCACUCUUACCCCGAGAAUCUCCAGAAGAGUGUCGACGAGCGAUGGUCGGCUUGGGGCUUUUAA